AUGUUCGUUGAGGAUGCAACAUUGACAGGAUUCGCGUAUGGGUGGUGUACAAAAUUUCAGUUGAAAGUCAUUUCUGAAAACACCAAUAUCUACUGCAUGGACUCGACUCACAAGACGGCAAAGGACAUCACGCCGAUCGAAGAGGGCAGCAAGAUUUACAACUCAGUGUACUUGUUCACGCUACUCGUCAAGGACAAGGACGUCCAUCAAGGAAUCCCUGUCGCCUUCAUGGCGUGCAAGUCCGAAUCCCGAUAUCCCAUCAUUCGGUGGUUGGACUGGCUAAAGAACGAAUGUGGUUUGAAAACGGAUGCAUUCAUGGUGGACUGUGCCGAGGCCGAGUCUCAUGCCAUUGGGACUGUUUUUCCUGAAGCAAGGCUCGUACCCGUGUUGCAUUCAUUCACACAGGAAGAACAGAGGAAGCAGAUGCGGCCCCUUUUGAACGAGGUUCGCAGAGUCAGAUCACCCGAGUUGCAGCAGACACUCUGGACCAGGUUCAAAGAGCUUUAUUCGGGCGCAUCGUCAGUGAUCGAUUAUAUUCAGAAGAACUGGUUCAAUAAGGAGGGAAGACUGGAGAAAUGGGCGUUAUUUCACAGGGAAGAUGGGCAAGUUGUCACGACCAACAAUUGGAUAGAGUCGUGGCAUGCUCGUUUGAAGGGCGAUCAUCUUGGUCGCGAUCGGAAUCUCCGUGUCGAUCGGCUUGUUUAUUUGCUGCAGGAUCGAGUAGAUAGAGAGCUUCGAUUCGCAUAUCUCAAGACCAAGAGAGGCUUCCAACCCAUACCCUGGAGAAAGGGGGACGUGGAGAGGAAACAGAAAGCAGAGUUCGACGAGGCACAACGCAAGAUUGAUUACAACAGAGACCAGCCCUGCGAUGAUGGACGCUUACGGAUCUCCAUUCAGUCAUUUGACCCCGACACUCCAGACAGGUAUUAUAUCCUUGUUGUCAUCGCCAGAUCCGGGCAACUCCUCUCAUGUUCGUGCCUCGACUUCACCAAGCGUGAACCCCUUCCGUGCAAGCACAUUUUUCUUGCUGAGCGUGUGUUUCACGACCUUUGGUUCAGUCGCUUUCUUUGCCCGUCUGUGUCGGCCGAUAUCAUCGAGGACCGGACAGUCGACUUCAACGAUGGUCCCAACGACAACAUCAACAAUGAUAACAUGCGCAACAACAAUGACACGGGCAUCUUCGAGCAAGACUCACCCAGAGACCAACUAGCAGUGCUUAACCCAAAAGUUUACACCCAACUCGAAUACGAGAGGGCCAGGAGGGAGGAGGAAGAAAGACACCGGCGGAAGGAGCAGAGGAAGAGAGACUUUGAGGAUGCAGAGCAAGAGCUCUGUAACAAUGGGCGCAUGAUUGUCGAGCUGAUGAAUAAGAAGCAGUGGCCUCCUCCAAGGCUUUGGUGCAUCAACUAAGAGACCUGCUCAAAAAUGAUGCCUUAUUUCCUUUCAUUCUUUUUUAGCUAAUCGUAGUCCGAUUCACGCGAUCCUUUUCUUUCUGAAAAAAAUAUACAUCACUGUUCC